AUGAAGCUUCUGCUGCUUCUGUUUGCCUUCCACGAGAACCCUAAUAAACCACAAUACAAUGGUGGGAUCAUUGUGAACCCUGACCUACAAAAUGGUACACAAGGCUGGUCACAAUUCGGAAACGCCAAAAUCGAUUUCAGAGAAUUUGGAGGCAAUAAGUUUGUUGUUGCACGAGAGAGAAACCAAUCGUAUGACAGCGUUUCACAGAAGGUUUAUUUGGAAAAGGGACUUCUCUACACUUUCUCUGCUUGGUUACAAGUAAGCGAAUCAAAUGCUCCCGUGGGAGCCGUUUUCAAGAUGAACAGUGAAUAUCUAUUUGCGGGUUCGGUUGUUGCUGAAUCCAAAUGUUGGUCCAUGCUCAAAGGUGGUCUUACUGUUGAUGAAUCUGGUCCUGUAGAGCUCUACUUCGAGAGCGAGGACACAAUGGUUGAGAUUUGGGUUGAUAGCGUAUCGUUGCAACCAUUCACACAAGAAGAGUGGAACUCUCAUCAGGAGCAGAGCAUUCUCAAGGCGAGAAAAGAAACCGUGAGGAUCAAAGCCGUAAACAGCGAAGGCGAGUCAGUACCAAACGCAACCAUUUCCAUCGCACAGAAUAGACUAGGGUUCCCAUUCGGGUGCGCUGUAGAAAAGAACAUACUUGGGAACAAAGCAUACCUAAACUGGUUCACUAAAAGAUUCACUGUGACAACGUUCGGGAACGNGAUGAAAUGGUACAGCACGGAAAGAAUAAGAGGCCAAGAAACUACUCGGAGGCAGACGCAAUGCUGA